AUGAGCUACUACUACGACAGCGACGACGACGACGUCGUGCUGGUGCAGCAGGGGGCGGGGACGAGAUCCGCAAGGGCAAAAGAUGGCAGGUACAGUUCGUGGUCGCAGAGCGAGUUGGAGAAGCAGAUGUUCUCUUGGUCCCUCAAAGAUGUGCUCAACAAAGACUUACUCAAGAAAAAGGUUAAGAAAAUACCCACAAUUUUCUCCUCGCUGAAAGAGUACAUGGGAUCAUUCACCGUGCCGCUGAUCGAAGAGACUCGUGCUGAUCUCUGCUCUGCACUGGAAGGCAUCAAGCAUGCGCCAGCAGCUGAAGUGACCAGGAUUAAGCUUUGCUCAGACGAGCAGCUCAUAUACAGUUUUUUCGCCAAUAAAGCUGAUCCCAAGGACAUUUUUCAGGAAGUUUACGCCCCAAAGGAGGCGGAUACACUGUUGCUGACGGAUCGGAAACCGAGGCACAUCUCUGACCUGGGACGCGGUGAGAAGCCCUUGGUGAUUGCCUCGGUGCUCAAAGCCGAGGAUGCUGAAGGCAACACCGUCGUCAGGCUGUCAAGUAAGCAUGUUGAGCAGCAGUUUGGAUUGGAAUCGUCUCUCUUCGCGGUGUUCCUGAUCAACAUGACGACGUACAAUCGCAUAUGGAGUGAACUGGAUGCGGUGGUUGCUAGUGUCAGGAACACUGACAUCAUUCGGAUGAUAGUAAAUUGCAAUCCAAAGGUCGGCCAAGAAUGUUCAUAUUCUUCAGAACUGCCUUUACAUCUACCGGACAGAGCACUUGGUGGCCUUGAAGAUUUCAAGCUCAACAAGUCGCAAAAGGUGGCAGUACUAGACUGUGUGUCAGCGAUGCAGCAGCGGAGCUCUUCCGUGCGCCUGAUCUGGGGUCCUCCCGGGACAGGGAAGACGAAGACCAUCAGCACGCUCCUGUGGGCAAUGCUGGUCAAGAACCACAGGACACUGACCUGCGCUCCGACGAACACCGCCGUCGUCGAGGUCGCAUCUCGGGUCCUCAAUCUCCUCGAGGAUCCUUCUGCUGGCAGUGGAAAAGCCUGUUUUUUGAGUGAUGUUGUGCUGUUCGGAAAUGAGGAUCGGAUGAACGUGGACGGAAACCUGACAAAGAUCUUCUUGGAGAAGCGCGCUCGCCGACUGCAGAAGUGCCUGAGUCCAGGUUCAGGGUGGGUGCACAGUCUGAGCUCCAUGAUACGGAUUCUUGAGCAACCUCUGGUUCAGUAUGAUUCAUAUGUGGAGCAAAUUGAAAGGGAGAUAGAAGAGGAUCUUGCUGAGAAGAAAAGGAACAAAAACAAGAACAAGGAGAAUGAUAAAAAGCAGACUUUCUGUGAUUAUCUCCCCAGGUCAGCUACAACUGCAGAGAAUUUCAGUUACAUGACCCAGGCCCUGCACAUGCUAAAAUUUUUUGGUAAACUUGUGGAGCCCAAAUCAGAACAGAGCCUGAAAACCCUGUUCAAACUCAGCCCCGAUGGCAGCAUCAGCUCACUGUUUCAGAACUUCGUGACAUAUGUGCAAGAUAGUGUGAGUACAGAGCUGAAGGAUGCUAGAGCUCAGUGUCUUCAGAAGCUAAAACACCUAUCUGAUCACUUUGAACUUCCGAACGUUUUCGACAAGCGUUCGAUAGAAGAUUUCCUAGUCCGGAACGCCAAAAGCAUACUCUGCACAGCUUCUAGCUCAUCCCGUCUGCACUACCUGCCAGAAGCAAGCCCGUUUGAUCUCCUUGUCGUCGACGAGGCAGCACAGCUGAAGGAGUGCGAGUCACUGAUACCUCUCCAGCUCCCUGGCGUUCGUCACGCCGUUCUCAUCGGCUAUGAAUUUCAGCUGCCGGCACUUGUCAAAAGCAGGGUUUGUGAAGAUGCUGAGUUUGGAAGGAGCCUGUUUGAGAGGCUGAGUUCGCUGGGACACCCGAAGCACCUCCUGGAUGUGCAGUACAGGAUGCACCCAGGGAUCAGCAAGUUCCCGGUCUCAAGCUUCUACGAGAACAAGAUAUCUGACGGCGAGAACGUAUUACACAGGGACUACGAGAGGAAGCCCCUUGCCGGGCCAAUGUACGGCUCCUACUCCUUCAUCAACGUCGAUGCCGGCAAGGAGAGCAAGGGCAAGCACGACAAGAGCCUCAUGAACCCCAUCGAGGUCGCCGCCGUGACCCGGAUCGUUCAGAGAUUGUUCAAAGGUACACAUUGCAUCAUGCCCUUGCAUUCUGGCAUGGCAUCGCUGAGCUCAGAUAGCUUGGUUUGUGCAGAGUCGGUUGACACCGGGAGGAAGCUGUGCGUGGGCGUGGUGUCGCCGUACAAGGGGCAGGUCCGCGCCAUCCAGGAGAGGCUCGGGAAGGCGUACGAGACGCACGGGGGCUUCACCGUGAAGGUGCGAUCCGUGGACGGGUUCCAGGGCGCCGAGGAGGACAUCAUCAUCUUCUCCGCCGUGCGCAGCAACACCACCGGAUCGGUCGGGUUCCUCUCCAACGUCAACCGCACCAACGUCGCGCUGACCCGGGCCAAGCACUGUCUUUGGAUUCUUGGCAAUGCAAAUACUCUAGCGAGUAGCAAAGACCAUUUGGCGUGA